AUGGAUCAAAGUCCGGUAGAAAGCUCCAAGACAGCCAUUGGAGAGGCAACAACUGUCUCACAACCAUGCGCACGAUGUGUCAAGGCGGGCACUGAAUGCACCCGCGCGGGGACAGGAGAGAAACAGAGGCCGAUAUCACGGAGAUAUGUGCAGGCCUUGGAGAAUCAAGUAGCGUCUCUUGAGAUCUUCAUAAAGAAAAUCGCCAUCGCAGAUGCCGAGCAGCGAGACCACAUGCUGGCCGCCUUCCAGCCUGCCAGUACAAAUGCCGCGCCUCAGGAUUCCCUCAGCACCACCUCGACACAGGAAGUCAGAACGCCAGAAGACGCCGCCGAGCAUUCCGAAGCAAGUCUUGCGCGCUCAUCCGCCGGCCAGAUGAGAAAGCGCAUCUCGAGCAGCGCGGCCUGUUUCUACGGCGGCACAAGCCUGUUUCAGAUUCACCUGUCGGGAGAAUACCUGGCCCCAACGGGCGAUCCGAUCAGCGAAGAGUCACCAAGUCCCUCGAAUCCUGAUUCAUCAAGCCAUCACAUGGGCCCCGUGAUGACUCGAACCCCGUUUCCUUUCGCUCCCCACGAUGAUGUCUGUCAGCGGCUCAUGGCAACCUUCUUCAAACAACAGUAUCAGUACAACAUGUGCAUAUAUCGCGAGUACUUUCUUCGAGACUAUGACUGCGGUAUCGGGCGUUAUUAG